AUGCUGGCUGUGGAUGAUGGUUUGAUAGUUUAUGGACCUAGACUUCUCAAACCUCGCAGCCUGCGUAGUGAAACUUUGCAGUGUCUGCAUGAUGCUCACCAAGUAGUGGACCGCACCAAGCGUCGAGCACGCCAGACUAUAUACUGGCCAGGGAUUGACAGGGACGUUGAGAAUACAGUGAAGUCUUGUUCUCGUUGCCAAGAGCUGUUACCAGGUCAGCAGAAUGAGCCUUUGAUGCAGGAAGGCUUCCCAAGUCGAGUAUUUGAGUCCGCGUCUGCUGAUUAUUUUCAUAUCUCUGGCAAGACAUUUCUUGUGUACGUUGAUCGCCUAUCAGAAUGGCCGCAUGUAUCUUCGUGCAAUGGAUCAACUUCUGCAGCUCAACUAGUUAGUUUGUUGAGGCCAAUAUUUUCAGACACAGGUGUGCCUGUAGUACUGAAAACGGAUGGAGGACCGCAGUUCGCUUCAUCAACAUUGCGGCGUUUCCUUGCUCGAUGGGGGGUGGAACACCGCGUGACAUCGCCCUAUAAUCCAAAAGAAAAUGGUUCAUGCCGAAGCUACCGUUAG